AUGUUAUUUUUAUGGACAUUAAGUGGUAUACCUUUUUCUAUAUUUUUUGUAUCAAGAGAUGCAAAUAUACCUAUUCAAAUUCAACCACAAUGUUUUACGAUAUUAUGUUUAAUUACAUGGAUUCAAACGUUAUAUUAUCCACCAAUUAAUGUGAAACCUAGAACUAAGCUUGUUUAUUAUGCUGGUGGGUUUGUUUUAAUUUCAUUAGUGGUUGAGAUUGGAUUUAUAAUACCUUUGAAAAGAUUAUACAAGCAAGGUAUAACUUGGCCUUCAUUAAUAUUUGGUAUUUUAGCUUCAAUUUUAUUAGUUUUGGGGUUAUUACCACCAUAUUUUGAAUUAUCUAAAAGACAAGGUCAAGUUAUUGGGAUUAAUUUUAUAUUCUUGACUUUAGAUUUCUUAGGUGCAUUUUGUAGUGCAUUAUCAGUUGGAUUGGCUAAAGAAUUAGAUAUCUUGGGGAUUGUUAUUUAUUGUAUAGUUGGGAUUAUGGAAUUGGGUAUAUUUACAUCACAUUUUAUAUGGUGGAUUAGAAUAGGAAGAAAGAAGGAAGUUAUUGAAGAGAGUGAAAGUGAAGUUGAAGAAGUUGAAGAGAGUGAUGUUGUUAAAUAG